CUGGACUACAAUUCCCACAGAUGAGCUAGGUAUUGUCAACUCCCAGUUCCUGUUGAAUCACGUGACAUUCAGUAUGGCUGCUCGCUGGCUGUAGCUGAAUAGAGUGUAGAAUUGUCUGAUCUUUAUGCUUUCUAACCUGCUGGAGGGAAGAACAGUGUCCAGUCUGACAUGCAGAAGAUCAAGUCACUAAUGACCCGCCAGGGCUCUAAAAGUCCACAGGACAGUUUCCAUGACCUUAGUCCAAUUGAGAACUUGCGGACGCCUACAAAGGAGGAGCUACGAGAACUACGCGAAAGGGCCACAGAUCCCCAAAAACAACAGGAGUUAAUUAACAGCAUCGAAGAUAUAUAUUUUUCCAGUGACUCUUUUGAUAUUGUAAAAUAUGAGCUUGAGAAACUACCCCCUGUUCUCAAUCUUCAGGAAGUGGAAGAAUACAGAGACAAACUGAAGCACCAGCAAGCUGCAGUAUCAAAGAAAGUUGCGGAUCUGAUUCUUGAAAAACAACCUGCAUAUGUCAAGGAACUGGAACGUGUUACAUCACUACAGACAGGCCUUCAGCUAGCUGCUGUGAUUUGCACUAAUGGAAGAAGGCACCUUAAUGUGGCAAAGGAAGGAUUUACUCAAGCUAGCCUGGGGCUUCUUGCAAACCAAAGGAAAAGGCAGCAGUUGAUUGGCCUACUGAAGUCUCUGAGAACAAUUAAAACACUGCAAAGAACAGAUGUUCGCCUAAGUGAAAUGCUUGAGGAGGAGGACUAUCCUGGAGCCAUUCAGCUUUGUUUGGAGUGCCAGAAGGCAGCUAGCACCUUUAGACACUACAGUUGUAUAAGUGAAUUGAACUCAAAACUGCAAGAUACUCUAGAACAAAUUGAGGAACAACUAGAUGUUGCUCUCUCAAAGAUUUGCAAGAACUUCGAAGUUGCUCACUACACCAAAGUGCAGCAAGCUUACAGACUCCUGGGCAAAACACAGACUGCCAUGGAUCAACUGCACAUGCACUUCACACAAGCCAUCCAUAAUACAGUGUUUCAAGUAGUUCUCGGAUACGUGGAAUUGUGUGCUGGAAACACAGAUACAAAAUUCCAGAAACUUCCAUACAAAGACCUUUGCAUGCAUAUAACCUCAGACAGCUACAUUCCCUGCCUCUCUGACCUCUGCAAAGCACUCUGGGAAGUUAUGCUAAGUUACUUUCGAACUAUGGAAUGGCAUGAGAAAUAUGAGCGUGAAAUAUCACCACUAACACCUGACAUGAACAAUGUCAGUGGAACAGAAGAUACCAACUUUGAUCGAAGUUAUAUAAAAAAGAAAUUGGAGCAUGGACUGUCUCGCAUAUGGCAGGAUGUUCAACUAAAAGUCAAAACGUAUCUUCUUGGAACGGACAUGUCCAACUUCAAAUAUGAUGAUUUUAUCUUUGUUUUAGAUAUAAUCAGCAGGUUAAUGCAGGUUGGGGAAGAGUUUUGCGGGAGUAAAUCUGAGGCUUUACAGGAGUCCAUUAGAAAACAAAGUGUCAACUACUUUAAAAAUUAUCACAGAACGCGCCUCGAAGAACUAAGAAUGUUCCUUGAAAAUGAGACCUGGGAACUUUGUCCUGUCAAGUCAAGUUUUAGCAUCUUACAACUACAUGAAUUCAAAUGCUUGGGACAGUCUCGCUCCCCUUCUAUGUCGCCAAGUAAGCAAACCUCUUCCGCUGAAUCGGCAGCAGUGUCAUUAUUUGAACAGUACACAAAUGGAGGAAAUCCCUUUGAGAUACAGGCUGCUAUAAAAGAUGAUGACACAGAGGAUGUUCUUGCUGCAAAUGGGUAUGAAUCAGAUGAGCUAGAAAAGAGUGCUUAUCAGGAAUAUGAUAGUGAUAGUGAUGUCCCUGAAGAACUGAAAAGAGAUUAUAUUGAUGAGCAAACAGGAGAUGCUCCCACAAAAAGUGUUUCAAGGGAAACUCUGAAGAGCAGAAAGAGAUCAGAUUAUAGUUUGAACAAGGCCAAUGCACCGAUUUUAACCAACACUACACUGAAUGUAAUAAGACUUGUCGGGAAAUAUAUGCAAAUGAUGACAAUAUUGAAACCAAUUGCAUUUGAUGUCAUCCACUGCAUGUCGCAGCUGUUUGAUUACUACUUGUAUGCGGUGUAUACUUUCUUUGGAAGGAAUGAUGCGUACGAAUCCACAGGCCUUGGUCUCAGCAGCAGCAGACUUAGAACAACACUCAACCGAAUUCAAGAAAGUCUGAUAGACAUGGAAGUGUCUGGUGAAAACGUUGGCUCAUUGGUUUCUUCUGAAGAAAGAAAGGAGAAAGUGCCAAGUCCACACCUUAGCCACAUGGUCAUUUUAACAAACAGUGGUACAUUGUAUGGUCUCUCGGAAAGAGUUGUGGCUACUGAAUCCUUAGUUUUCUUGGCUGAACAAUUUGAAUUUCUCCAGACACAUCUUGAUUCUGUGAUGCCAGCAGCUAAAAAGCCUUUUCUUCAGCAGUUCUACUCUCAGACUGUAUCUACAGCCAGUGAACUCCGUAAGCCCAUUUACUGGAUCGUUGCUGCCAAAGCUAUCGACUAUGAGCAAUUACUGCUUCUUAUGGCCAAUGUGAAAUGGGAUGUAAAAGAAAUCAUGUCACAACAUAACCUAUAUGUUGACGCUCUUUUGAAGGAAUUUGAACAGUUUAAUAAGAAGCUAUCUGAGCUUUCCAAACAUGUCCGGAUACCUUUGCCGGUUUCCAAUAUUCUUUGGGAGCACUGCAUUCGUCUUGCAAAUAGAACACUGGUGGAAGGUUAUGCCAACGUGAAGAAGUGCAGCAACGAGGGCCGGGCUCUAAUGCAGCUGGAUUAUCAGCAGUUUCUAAUGAAACUUGAAAAACUGACAGACAUCAGGCCAAUUCCUGAUAAGGAGUUUGUGGAGACUUAUAUUAAGGCCUAUUACUUAACUGAAAAUGACAUGGAACGCUGGAUCAAAGAGCACAGGGAAUACUCAACCAAGCAGCUGACAAACCUGGUGAAUGUUUGCCUUGGAUCCCAUAUCAAUAAAAAGGCCAGGCAGAAGCUUCUCUCCGCUAUCGAUGAUACUGACAGGCCGAAAAGAUAGUCGCCCCUGGAACCCUCUCUCCCAAAACUCAUGCUACCAGACGGGAUGCAUGCCCAGCUGUUACAGUGAAUACAUUCUAUCACCAAUGGAUAAGGGUGUCUUUUUCAUUUUAAUUCAUAUAUAAUAUAAAAAUGAUGUGUGUUGAUUACUGUCUCCUGCUGCUCUUCAUGAAAUCCAUUCAGUCCAGUUUUAGCAUUUAAAGUGAUAUAGCACGUUGCAUUUGGGGAUGUUUCAAAUGAAGCACUUACGCUUAAAGGUGGGGGGGGGGGCAAUGUAAUGCCAGCCAAACCACAACCAACGACUUACAGUAGAUAUCUUCUGGUUUGUAAACAAUAAAAAACUAUAAAGGGCAGAUUUAUCAAGGGUCGAAGUGAAAAUUAGAAUUUUCGAGUGGAAUUCGACUAGAGAAUAGAUAAAAUUCGAUUCGAUUUUUUAGAAAAAUUUGAAUUAGAGCUUUGAAAAAUUAUAUCCGGAACUGGCCCUUUAAGAAUUCAACUAUUCGCCACCCGAAACAUGCCGAAUUGCUGUUUAAGCCUAUGGGGGAUGUCCUGAGAUCAAUUUGUAGUUGUUUGCAGCCUUCCUAAAAAUCAAGAGAGAAAAUCUUGAAUCUGAUUCGAUUUUGCAGGUUGAUCCCAUUCACCCGAGUUUGAAAAAUUCGCAUUUUUUGAUAAAUUGUGGUUGGUCGUUUUUUGGUCGAAUUUCAAGUUCAUGGGAGUUUUUACAAACUCCCAUGAACUCUAAAUUCGACCCUUGAUAAAUCUGCCCCUAAAUGUAAAUUAUAACCUGUGUGGCCAGAGGAUCACUCCGUUCUCUUGCACAAUUUAGAAUAAAAUGACAUAGUCCUGAACUUGCAGGAAUUUCCACUUCAUGAUAAAUAAUCCUUCCCAGUGUUUUAAUAUACUAUUUAAAUUCAGAAUGAACUGCAUACUGAACCGCCACCCAAUGAAACAUAGAGGUAAGACUUAAUUACUGUCACUGUCCGAAAUCUUCCCAUACGCCACUAUUCCAAAUUCAGUGAGCUAAAAUAAUGUAGAGAAUUCCGCACUGUCGGACUGUUCCAUUUGCACUAUAAAGCAAUGUCAUUAAUGCAUAUUCUUAUUAGUGCACAGACUUUCUCGAAAACAAUGACUUUUGCAGCUCACCGCCAGCAACCGUAUUGUAAAAUAUUCAUUAAUAAUGAUUUUAAUUGAGCAUAAAUACCGUCUUACAAAUUCAAUGUCAUAUUUAGUUUAAAUCCAAAUUUCUAGGAUCAUCGUGGUUUAUAGAAACUUAUUAGAAAGCAGUUACUACUCCACACUUCUCUGCUGCACAAAUAGGUAUGUAUGUCUUUAAGUGUUCUCUGUAAUAUCUGCUGUUAAAUAAAUACUGCUGUAUACAAUGCAAUGAAUCUAUUGUGUACACCACAAUUAUUACAUGAAAUGAUUCUGUACAGUUACUCCUAUUAUUAUAAGUCCUUAUAGAAAUGACACAGCAUUGGCCGUGUGAUUUUUGAUUCUUUCCUUUUGAUUAUUACACAUGUGGUUCUCUUAUGAUUCAUUUGCUUCUCCCCAGCUGUGUUAUGUGUUAUACUGUAAUAAAUAGACUUGCCUUACAGGGCAGUUGAACCCGUCCUGGACUACAUGACCAUAUGUAAUAAAAACCUGACUAUGUACUAAAACACUCUUG